UAGUACAUAGUUGACUAGAGUUAGUUUAACUUAUUUGUUCAAAAAUGAAUUCCAAAUUUAUUUUUCUCGAUUUUUCUUUGUUGUAGAUAAAAGCGACAGGCCGACAGCACACGGCUUUUGUCGUAAAUUAUAGAUGUUUGCAUUGGUUUAUAAUAUUAUGGGGAAUGGCUAAGUUUGUGUUACAGUCUAAAUAGUGAAGUAUUGUAUUUCAUAUCCAAAAUUCAGAUACCUCGGUCGAUAAUCGUUCAGAAUUUAUUUCAAGAGAACAAGAGAACCAACUUCUGGACCAGGUUAUUAAUAAAUCAGAACAAUCAAUUACCUGAUUAUAACCUGUCGUCGUUUCUCUCAAACGAAUUUUUUGUGACAUAGCGUCAAGUUCCAAAGAAACAGCCACUGUCUUACUUGAUGCGGAUUCUGAGUGCACCAUUGAGAACUAAGAUGCGGUUUCUUAUGUUGUUGCUGCUAAACUCGCUGAUGGUUACCAACUCCUUCGAAAUAAUCACUCGUACCCCGUCUCCUUUGCUAAACAGGAACUCAGACCAACUCAACGGCGCCAAUUUAAAAUAUGUUUUCUUUCAGGUCCCACCUUUCGUCGUAAUGAGUUCGGGGCCCGACGGAAACUACACAGUCACUGGUAGCAAUUCAAAAAUAAUAGAUUGGCUGGCUCAGAAGCUCAACUUCACGGUUUCUUAUGUCUUAAUACCUAACGAAAUGACGAAAAGCAAAUACGGAAACAAAAGUGACAUCGCUGUCACAUUGAAUCUCAUCGCGGAAAGAGAAGUCGAUGGUUCGCCUGUAGGUUUCAUCCCAACUCCGGAGAGGGCAAUUAAAAUGGAUUUUGCAUAUUUUCUUACGGCGGAACCUCAUGCGAUGGUAGUACCUCGUCCUGGAGAGGAACCUCGGCUCUUUGCCUUCAUUCGACCAUUUCAAUCAUCAGUGUGGCUGCUUAUCUUCAUUGCCAGCAUCCUUGUGAUUGCAUCCAUGUGUCUGUUUUCGAAAGCUUACUCGAAAUUAUUAAUGAAUGAGCGUGAAGUUUCUGACACGACCGCACUGGAAUGGGCAGGUCGAUAUUCAAUGUACAUCGUCAACAUUUUGACAAAUCAAGGUAUUCAUCUUACAAACUUUUGA